GUCGGCGUGUGGAACCGGGCCAGGGACUGGGGGAAAGUAGCUGUGCGGCCAUUGGCCUGCCCUCCUCUUUUCUUUCUGCGGAUUUCAAUCGACUGGAUGGAUCAUGAAUUAUGGACUCCUCGCUUUUCCCCUUUGGUUCCCGGCCCUGGCCUCCGUCGGUAUUGCGAUGUGCGAGUAUCGCUCCCUGCACCCGUUAAUGUCCCACCGCAUCUUUGUUUCUUUUUCCACUUGAUUUUCUUCCCCUGUUCUGCAGUACUUUGUCGGUCUCUAGCCGGGCCACGAAAAGCUUAUCUCCUUGUGAGAUCAGUAGAUCCAUCCCUCAAGUGCAUCUCCUCCAUCCGUGAAGUUGUUCGCCUCAACCCACGAAAGUCGGUUACUCAGCGGGAAACGCCAUCGUUGGAUCUGGCCGCGUCAUCGAGACUGCACAUCCCAUACUGCCUGUGCCCUCCCAGUUCUUGGCACGAAUCGAAUGGUGGUUUCAGAUUGCUUGCUCAUUAGUCCAUCGCCG